AUGCCAUUUAUACUUUUAUUACAAGUUCUCUUAUUACAAGCCCUGUUUAUGUACAGUUUUUGUUAUUAUACUCACUGCAUUAAUAAAAUAUAUAUAUUUUUUUUUUGGGUAUCUUCAUUUUUCAAUAUCAGAGAUGAGGUAACAAAAAGUCUAUUCACAACAAACUGUACAUACAAAUCUCAGACCUCUCAAAUGAACACAAAUGGCCACUCUGUGGAAGAAGCUGUUUAUAAAUACGUAGGUGAACUAAACUACAACGAUACACAACAUGAUGAGACUAGUGAUUCAAAUUGGGACAAUCUAAGUCUAGGUUCUGAUGAUCUUCAAGAUGAUUUAUCCAACACUAAUUUACAAAAUAAUAUCACUACCCCUGCAAAGUUCGAUUUGGAGGAUGAUAACAAUUCAGUGGUUAAAUCUUUAGCUGAUAAAAAUUAUCGUGAUUUAUUACCUAAAAUCAUCUCCAAAUCAAAUGAUUCAAAAAUAAUUUUGGUCAGUGACAAAAUCUCAGCUCAAUUGGUAGUUGAAUUUAAUGAGAAACGUAGUAAAUUAAUACCAAAUCCACCCAAAAACUCUAACUUUCUAAAAACAGAGCAAGAUCUCAUCAACGAAUUUGUGUUAACAUUCCUAAAAUUAAAUAAUAUUACCAUGAAACAAUUUAAUUCUUUAAUAUGGAGUGAAAAUGAUAAAAAUGAAAUUGAAAAACUUGUCAAGAUGAAAUUUUGGAAAUCAAUUUACAAGAUUUUUAACUAUAGAUUGAAUUCAUCCAUUUACAAGCACGUCAGAAGAAAAUAUAAUAAUUUUAACAAUCAUUGGAAUGAUGAAUUGGAUGAAAGACUCUUUCAAUUAUGCCACGAUGAAAAGUUAGAAGGUCAAUGGUCUAAAAUUGGCAAAUUAUUAGAUAAACUACCUGAUGAUUGUAGAGAUCGUUGGAGAAAUUAUGUCAAAGUUAAAGAUACUAAAAAUUCGAGUAAAAAAUGGUCUCCAAAUGAAGAAGCAAAAUUAUUGCGUAUUGUAAAUGAGUCCCUACAUAAAGAUCAAUCUGCAAACUGGGGUCACGUUAGUCAACUGAUGGGUGGCGCAAGAUCACGAAUCCAAUGCCGUUAUAAAUGGAAUAAACUUCAUCAACAAGAUUCAUUAGUUAGAAUCAAUAGUCUGUCGAGUGAGAAACUGAUCAUGUUCUUUAACAAGAUUAAAUCUUUAAAUACUGAUGAAUAUGAAAAAAUUGAUUGGGACAGUCUAGCCAAUAAAGAUUUAACGCCAAUGGACUGGAAGCUUUGUUAUAACAAAUGGAAGAGGAAAAUAAAGUCUAAUAAGGAGAAAACAGUUGUGGAAAUUUGUGAUGAAUUGUUAAAACUUCUCAAACAUGAGCAACCGGUAAAAUAG